AUGUCCUCGACACAAGAUGUGCAAGCGCUUCUCCGAUUUCUAUCCCAAGAUGCCAAAGUGCCACUCGCGCAGGCAAUGGGCAAGGUAAAGGAUUUGCAGACUGCAGGACUCAACACGGCGUCAGAUGUAUCAAAGUCAGACCUGGAGACACUCAAGACCAUCUUCAAAGACGACAAGGUCGCGCGCCAAGUAUGGAAUGCCGCUAAAAGAGUGUCGAAAAAGCGAUCCGCAAGUGAUGCCACGGCACCUACGCCAAAGAAGGCGAAGCCGACAUAUGGACAACCGCUUAGUGGCGCAGAUCUUGAAGCAUCACUUGCGCUACCAGAGCCUGAGCUAGACGAGGAGAUACUCAAAUCUACAGUCUUAUACACAAAUAGGGCACCUCUGGUACUUGCAUUCGCCGUCACCUUGAUCAAGUACACUAUGUCUGAGCAGCCCAUAUCGAGUCGAUUGAGUCUGGCACAAGCAGUCACGUCUAUGAAUAGUAAAACCAAAGCUGCGCAUAUCGGAGUUGAUAGUGGAACGCCUGCAGAAGAGGAGGGUUGGGGUGAAGGCCAGCCCCUUGUUCGUAUCAUGACAAGAGAUGUGAGAGUGAUGAAAAGGUGGGGGUACGAUUGGGAGUGUGAGGAGGUAGUCAAGUCUUCGCCUGAUACACUUGUGGAAGAGAAACCAAAAGAACCUGCACUCUGGGGCGUCGAUCUAGAGGCACUCAAAAAGGCGAACCAACCUGGUGCGCGUUCAUACAAGGGCGGCUCGAGCGAUCUACCAAUCUACACUGCACAGAGCGCGAGAGCUUAUCUUAUCAAAGCCUUUGAAAGUCCACCCGUCGAAACAAUCAAAGAGGAGAUCAAGACGGAGGAAGGAGUGACCACGAAGACCAAGGCCAAGUCCAAGCGAACCGCUGCUGUCAUUGUAGCAGAAAGAGAACGUAAUCUCAGUCUACUCCUGGGUGCACUUGAAUCACUCUAUGGAUCGUGGGCGAAGGUAUUGAGUAAAGAAGAUUUGGACAAGCGUGCGUGGGGCUGGUAUGUCCGCGUUCGACCAGACGUUGCCCAAGGCGCUGCAGGCUGGGGAGGCAAGGGUAAUGUUAAGCUGUCUGACAUCCUGGAUCUACGAAGACUGGACUAG